GUCAAACGACAUCUGUCAUGCCUGCCGGAGUCAACGACCCCGAAAGCAUGCUAAGCUACCAGAGGCCUGAUGAGGAGGUGGUGGUAGACCAGGGAGGGACCAGCUCAGUCCUCAACAUCCACUAUGAGAAGGAAGAGCUGGAGAGCCACAGGACUCUGUUUGUGGGGGUGCACAUGCCCAUGGGCAGGCAGAGUCACCGGCACCACAGGCCCCACAGCUCGCGCCACCGCAAGAAAGAGAGGCGGACCAGCAGCACUCCCAGCCAGCCGCAGGAGGUGGAGGGAGAAGGGUCCUCGUCUUCUCAUGACACGCCCUCUCAAAGGGUGCAGUUCAUCCUGGGGACAGAGGAGGACGCGGAGCAUGUGACCCACGAGCUGUUCACAGAGCUGGAUGAGAUCUGUGUGAAGGAGGGCAAAGAUGCCGAGUGGAAGGAGACAGCCAGGUGGCUGAAGUUUGAGGAGGAUGUGGAGGAUGGGGGGGAGCGCUGGAGUAAGCCCUACGUGGCCACCCUCUCCCUUCACAGCCUGUUUGAGCUGAGGAGCUGUCUCAUCAACGGGAGUGUGUUGCUGGACAUGCACGCCAACAGCAUCGAGGAGAUCGCAGACAUGGUGUUGGACCACCAGGAGGCGUCCCACGAGCUGGACGACAGCGUGCGUGUGAAGGUGCGCGAGGCGCUCCUGAAGAGGCACCACCACCAGAACGAGAAGAAGAGGAACGCCCUGAUCCCCAUGGUGCGCUCCUUUGCCGAUGCGGGCCGCAAGCAGUCCGAGCCCCACAACAUGGACAAGGCUGGUCCUGCUGUCUCCCCCCAGCCUCCUCCCUCCAGCGUCGAGGUGAAGAACGGGGCCAACCCAGACAGUGCCCAGGUAGACCUUAGCAAGGUGGACAUGCACUUCAUGAAGAAGAUCCCCACAGGAGCGGAGGCCUCCAACGUGCUGGUGGGAGAGCUGGACUUCCUGGAGAGACCCAUCGUGGCCUUCGUCCGCCUGUCCCCCGCUGUGCUGCUCACUGGCCUCACUGAAGUCCCCAUACCUACCAGGUUCCUGUUCAUCCUCCUGGGCCAGGAUGGAAAGGCUCAGCAAUACCACGAGAUUGGCCGCUCCAUGGCAACCAUCAUGACAGACGAGAUCUUCCAUGACGUGGCCUACAAGGCCAAGGACCGAGAGGACCUGCUGGCUGGGAUAGACGAGUUCCUGGACCAGGUGACUGUGCUGCCCCCUGGGGAGUGGGACCCCUCCAUACGCAUCGAGCCCCCCAAGAACGUCCCCUCCCAGGAGAAGAGGAAAAUGCCGGGGGUUCCCAACGGCACCACCUGCGUGGUGGAGGAGGAGCUCCAUGCCGAGGACCAUGGUCCUGAGCUGCAGAGAACAGGAAGGUUGUUUGGAGGUCUGAUUCUGGACAUCAAGAGGAAGGUUCCGUUCUACCUGAGUGACUAUAGAGACGGCAUUAAUCUGCAGUGUGUCGCCUCCUUCCUGUUCCUCUACUGCGCCUGCAUGUCCCCGGUCAUCACCUUCGGAGGACUGCUCGGAGAGGCCACCGAUGGGUGCAUUAGUGCCAUCGAGUCUCUGCUGGGUGCGUCUAUGACAGGGGUAGCCUACUCCCUGUUCGCUGGCCAGCCCCUCACCAUCCUGGGGAGCACAGGCCCUGUGCUGGUCUUUGAGAAGAUCCUCUACAAGUUCUGCAAGGACUACGGCCUGUCUUACCUGUCUCUGAGGACGUGUAUCGGCCUGUGGACGGCCUUCCUGUGCCUGGUCCUGGUUGCCACGGACGCCAGCUCGCUGGUGUGCUACAUCACGCGCUUCACCGAGGAGGCCUUCGCCUCGCUCAUCUGCCUCAUCUUCAUCUACGAGGCGCUGGAGAAGCUGAUCCACCUGGGGGAGCUCUACCCCAUCAACUCACACAGCAACCUGGACCAGCUCACCCUCGCCUACUGUCGGUGUGCAGAGCCUGGAGAGCCCAGUAAUGCCACUCUGGAGCUUUGGAGUAAGAGGAACAUAACAGCUUCCACUGUGCCCUGGGCUAACCUCACUGUCAAGGAGUGUGUGAGCAUGCAGGGCCAGUUUGUGGGCACAGCGUGUGGCCACCACGGUCCCUACACCCCUGACGUGCUCUUCUGGUCGGCCAUUUUGUUUUUUGCCACCUUCUUGAUGUCCGGCUUCCUCAAGCAGUUCAAGACCAGCCGCUACUUCCCAACCAAAGUACGAUCGAUGAUCAGUGACUUUGCAGUCUUCCUGACCAUCGUGAUCAUGGUCCUGCUGGACUACUGCAUCGGAGUGCCCACUCAGAAGCUGCAGGUGCCCAGCAAGUUUCAGCCAACGCGAAACGACCGUGGCUGGCUGAUCAGCCCCAUAGGAGAGAACCCCUGGUGGACGGUCCUGGCUGCUGCCAUCCCUGCCCUGCUCUGCACCAUCCUCAUCUUCAUGGACCAGCAGAUCACUGCUGUCAUCAUCAACCGCAAGGAGCACAAACUGCUGAAGGGCUGUGGCUACCACCUGGACCUGCUCAUGGUGGCUGUGAUGCUGGCCGUGUGCUCCAUCAUGGGCCUGCCCUGGUUCGUGGCGGCCACCGUCCUCUCCAUCUCCCACGUCAACAGCCUGAAGCUGGAGUCGGAGAGCUCCGCCCCGGGGGAGCAGCCCCGCUUCCUGGGGAUCAGAGAGCAGCGCUUCACCGGCCUCAUGAUCUUCAUGCUCAUGGGCUGCUCCGUGUUCAUGACCGGGGCUCUGCAGUUCAUCCCAAUGCCAGUCCUGUAUGGAGUAUUCCUUUACAUGGGAGCGUCUUCACUGAAGGGCAUCCAGUUAUACGACCGCCUCCUGUUGUUUGCCAUGCCGCCCAAGCACCAGCCAGACUUCAUCUACCUGCGUCACGUUCCUCUGAGGAAGGUGCACCUCUUCACUGUGACCCAGCUCACCUGUCUGGUGCUGCUGUGGGUCAUCAAGACCUCGCCCGCCGCCAUCGUCUUCCCCAUGAUGGUGCUGGCUUUAGUGUUUAUCCGCAAGCUGCUGGAUCUUUGUUUCUCCAAGAGGGAGCUAAGCUACCUGGAUGACAUCAUGCCAGAGAGCAAGAAGAAGAGGCUGGAUGAUGCCUGCAAGAGCGUUGUGGAGGAGUCAGAGGAGAUCUUGGGGACAGCAGGAGAAGAUAAGACUGUAAUUCAGAUCCCCAUGGAGGAAAGCAAGCUCCUGCAAUCUCCCAAGACACAUGACCCCAGGUGUGACCCCUCUGAUAUAAACAUUUCUGAUGAGAUGUCUAAAACCACCGUGUGGAAAUCCCUCAGCUCCAACCAAAAGGACGCACGCACAGGGGCCGCUAAAAAGGCAAGGCCCUCCUCCUUCUAUGUUGUGACGUGUGGCCCUCCUCACAGCUCCCCCUGCUACCUCUGA